AACAAGGUGAAAGCUGAAAGAUCUUAGAAAUGGUUGUGUAUAAUCGAGGAGACACUGUGUUUAAAUCAAGACCAUUUGCGUUUAUCAUACUAAACAAAUACAGAGAUGAGGUUUGUGAGUUUUGCUGGGAAAAGAUAAAAUUGGGCCUUGUUUCCUGUCCAGGCUGCCAGCAAACCAAAUAUUGUUCACAGAGCUGCCUUGAUGCAGGAGAGAAGGAGCAUCAAGAGGAAUGUCAGAUUCUGAGAUCUGAUGAGAAUCAACUAACAGAACUUCCAGAUCAGCUUAGAUUAGUCCUUAGACUCUGGGUUAUAUCCAAGAACAAUGAAAAGAAUGUUGCAGAGCAUGGUGCAGGAAUAUCAAGAAAAUGGGAGGAUCUUAUGGACCAUGCUUCUGACCUUGGGAGAGACAGUCAGGAGUUCAUACAGAUUCAGUUUGAUACUUUUAGUAGAUGCAUAAGCAGUACUGGAAUGCCUACCUUAGAACAGUUCAGAUCAAUCUACGGAAAAAUAUUAACAAACUCGUUUAGUCUUCGAACAGAUAGGUUUUCACGUCCAGAACCUUUUGGUACAGGGGUUUACCUUCUUCCAUCUUUACUAGAUCAUUCAUGCAUUCCUAACUGUACAGUUGUGUUUAGGGGCAAAGAAUUGCAUGUAGUUGCUACUGAAGAGAUCCCUGAAGGUCGGAUAGAUGAGGUUGCAAAAAUUAGCUACGUGAACAGUAUGGAUGACACAUCAACUAGACAAGCACAGCAGCUUGGAAUCUGGUAUUUUAAAUGCGAUUGUACACUUUGCUUAGACAAAAGCUUGGAUGGAAGUAAGCAUGGAGUGGUUUGUGACAAUUGUGGAGUUCCGUCUAAUAUAAAUGUUAAGAUUUGGAGUUUGAUCGUGAAGUGUAUGGCAUGUGGAUCUCAAAUUAGCUCCUCUAGAAUUUCCAGAUACCGAGAGCUUUUCACAAUACUUGAGCGGGCAGAAGAGAUAAAUAAGUUGAGAGGAGAUGAGGGGGAAGAAACGGACAAAAUGAGAAUGGAGGAAAUGGGAGGAAUGAGUUAUGAAGAGUUAUGUGAGUGGGCUGUUGGGGAAAUGGAAGACGUUUUUUCUGAAAGGGACAUUGUUUUUGUGAAAACAAUUCAUUAUGUGCACACGGUUUGCUUACUGAAUGAAAGGUGGAUGGCUGGGUGUAUUUAUGGAGAGAGGGUACUCCCCUUAUUUGAGCUCUACUAUGGAGCAAAUACUGGGGUAGUGGCUGGUCUCUACCUUAGAUUGGGAAUCUGUUAUGGAGAAGAGGGAAAUCUUGACAUGUCUGCUUUUUAUUUUCAAAAAGCUGAAGAUAUAUAUAGGCUAGUUCCUGGCCAGGAGCAUCCAUUCUAUUUCGAGGAUUUUAUGAAAAUUUAUAAAACUUAUUUUCAUUAAAAUUCCGCUCUAUGGCUUUAUCAGCCUUUAUUCUGCAUCGUCAUACUCCACAAAAACAGCCGAAAUUGUAGAAUAAAUGUAGAUAUGGCUACUUUUUAAAGGUGCUUGAUGUUAUGUAUUAAUCUGACAGUUUUCUUUGAUCUUUAUAAAGGAAUUGAGUAUCCCACAAACACAAAUUUUCUGAUUCCUAUAUCUUUUCCAUCUGAUAAAUUUUAUAUU